CCUGUUUUCAUCCCGGGCGUUGGUUGAAGCAAGGAGCAGAGAGCGGAGGACAAACAUCGUCCUGCCUCGCAGCUUUUAGUGCAGCCAGAAAGCUCGCAACGAGAACCAGCAGAAGGACAAAAGCUCCCACGCUCCCAGCACACGCGACUACAACAAGCAGCUUAGUUCACUACUUAGUAGAGAACUGUAACAUACAUCGGCGAUAGCAGCGCUUCUGUAAAUUUAAAAGAAAGCAGCAAUGGAGUUUGGACCGAUUUCCGCUGGGAAAUUUGAAGAAGUCAUCGAACACUUGAGACAACAUUUCCCCGAUGAACCACUCAACGAAUGCGUCGGGCUGUGCAAGACGGGAGAGCCCUGCGAGCUGCUUGAACACCACGACAUGUCAACAUUGGAGGAAGGCUUCUCCAUCAUGGCAAUUGACCCAAAAACCGGCGAAAUUGCCGGCGUCGCUCUGAACGGCAUCUCCAAUCGCGGCGACAACGAGCUCGCUAUUGAAGAGAUGAAGUCGAUCGAUAGUAUUCAAUACAAGCAGAUCUUCGGUUUGCUCUACAACACCAACCAGGAGCUCGAUCUUUUCGCCAAGUAUAAUUUGGAGAAGAUCUUCGAGUUGAGAAUCUUAUCUGUGAAUUCGAAGUAUCGUGGUAAGGGCAUCGCCAAGGAGCUUUUCUUGCGCAGCGAGAUCUUAGCUGAGGAGUCUGGGUUUAAGUUGAUGAAGGUGGACGCAACAAGUAGAUUCUCUCAGCGUGUUGCGGAGAGCCUGGGUAUGUCUACUGCGAAGGCCGUGAAGUACAGCGAGUUUAAGGACGAGAAGGGCCAAUCCAUUUAUAGCAUCCAGCCGCCGCACGAGUAUUACAAAGUCAUGAUCAAAGAGUUAUCUCCAAAGAACUAAGGGCUUCGAAUACUAAAAGCAUUCACGACAAUAAAUAAAUAAAUUAUGAAAUCGCAAUUUAUACGUGGACCAAAUGUUGGGGCGCUGCCACACCGCCAUGCAGACGUAACAUUCAUGCCUCUAUAAAUGCGAUUUGUACUCGGACUAAAGAAAACUGCAGGAUUAUAUAACUAUAUACAUAUAUAUCGUACAUCUUUGUUUUGUAUGUAAGAUUGCUGGAUUGUAAAUUGUGUAUGCGUGUGUUUAUAGUAUUACCUACUUGAUGUGCCAAAUAUAUACAGAGUGACGUA